GUUCGAUGUAGUUGCACCCGUCGGACUGGCUUUUAUGAAUCUCAUUUGCAUUCACUCUGGAAGGUUGCAAUUGCAAACUAGAAAUCUCAGCAACUGACAUUGUUUACCUCCCGGACCUCUCCUAACGAGUUGCUUUUUUGGUGUACUAUGAUUGCCAAAUCUCUAGAAAGCGACAGCAAAAUCGAAGAAUGUCAGCGUAUUGAGCUCCGAAGUUCUGAUCCGAAAACUUCGAACGAUGGAGCUGUACCAAAGCACGCUGAUGUGACUCUGGUCCUUCAAGGGGCCGAGAGAGUGGCAGUCACUGUAGAGGAGAGUAACCGUAUUCGAAAGAAGACAGAUCAUGUUGUCCUGAUUAUCCUGAUAUGGGUCUACUUCCUCCAGAUUUUAGACAAGUCUGCUCUAGGGUACGGCUCAAUUUUUGGCCUCCAGGAAGCGACACACCUUCAUGGAAAGCAGUACUCCAUGGUAGGGUCGAUAGCUCCAAUUGCCCAAUUGUGUUGGCAACCAUUCUCGUCUGUUUUGAUUGUCAAAGUACCCCAUCGAAUCCUCAUGCCGACUCUGUGUCUGGGCUGGGGUAUUGCUCAGGCCGCCCAGGCCGCCUCUAAGAACUAUUCAUGCCUUCUUGCCUCUCGAUUUUUCCUUGGCCUCUUUGAGGCUGGUUGCUUGCCUUUAUUUAGCAUCAUCACAGCGGAAUGGUACCGACGUGCAGAGCAGCCUACUCGGGUCGCGGCGUGGUACAGUGGAAAUGGAUGUGCUACGAUUAUUGGCUCUGCCUUAUCAUACGGCCUGGCACAUAUUCCCUCUCAGCGUAUGGAAUCGUGGCAAAUAAUCUUUCUUUUUGUCGGGCUCCUGACCAUUAUCUCCGCACCUAUUGUGUAUAUUUUCCUGCCAAAUGACAUCCCAUCGGCGAGAUUCUUAUCCGACGACGAAAAGCGCAAGGCAGUCGAACGCCUUCGAGCCAACCAGACCGGAGCUGGCUCUCGGGAAUUCAAAUGGUCCCAUAUUUAUGAGCUUUGUUUGGAACCAAAGACCUAUCUCUGGGUUGGCAUGUCUCUGCUUCUCAAUGUUGGAGCGUCAGUCACAAACACUUUUGGGCCCCUUAUUCUCGAUGGCCUUGGCUUUGACAAGUACACCACAUCUCUUCUCAACAUGCCUUUUGGUGCCGUUCAAGUCAUCGUCAUUAUUCUGUCCUCUGUUGUGGCGCAAAAGUGUCGCAUCAAGUCGGCGAUCUUGGCGACAAUUACUCUGCCUGUGGUGGCCGGCUUGGUUGUGCUCUAUGUUGUGCCCCGGUCUCACUCCGAUGAAGCGGCUCUCCUGGUAGGCUUCUAUCUCUUGGCUUUUCUUUUUGGCGGCAACCCGAUCAUAGUAGCUUGGAUCGUCGGAAAUACGGCCGGAACUACGAAGAAGUCCGCUCUCAUGUCGCUGUACCAAGCCGGAGCUGCAGCAGGUAACAUCCUCGGACCGUUGCUCUUCAAUAGCAAAGAUGCUCCAGGAUAUCAUCCGGGCUUACGCUCAGUCCUUGCAGUGUUUGUAGCCUUGAUCGUGGUUACAAUGAUCCAACUCGCAAACCUGGUGUUCUUAAACAAACUACAGACGAAGAAGAGGGUGAGAAAUGGCAAACAAGCCGUUUUAAUAGAUCGUUCAAUGGAUCCAACUUGUAACGUCGUGGAAAGCGACAUUACCACAGAGAGCCAAGAAGAAGGCGUAUCUACUCGGCAUGAAGAAAAUCCAAAGGAAAGCCAAAUGGACGAAAACGCAUUCCUGGAUCUGACGGAUAGACAAAACGACGAAUUCAUAUACAUCUAUUAGACUAAUUACGAACGAAACAAUCAGUAUGGCAUUUUUUGGGUGUUUCAAUACAAACUACAUUUGAAACAACAUGAUAUAAUUCUUCAACUAGUGAUGGUGAAGUCUAUAUUUUUGUUAUUGGGAUUGCCACUGUUGAUCGUGCUGCCACAGCGUUUCACAACUUCCCUGAUUUAUGUUUCCAUCACUGCUAAACGAUAUUCUUCCCUUGGGCCCUGGCAACACAAUUCAAUUUGCAGUGGCAUUAAGAGAUCCAGUACAUGUUUCAAUAUUAUGACGAUCAACAGACUAUACAGCUCCUCCACCAAGCAGGUUCAUCCUCGGG